AUGUUUUUGAAUCUCAUCGUCUCAUCCUUCAUCGCCAGUCGUCUGGCCUUGGCCAUCCCUCCACCAGACUUCGGCUUCCCAGAGGCCCCAAACCAUACCGAGCUCUCUGUAACUUACCAGGACAAUGGCAAUCCCUUGAUCGUCACCGAGGCCGAGCUGUUUGGUGUAGGCAUUCCUGCCCAAGAACCCGCCGUCGCCGUCGAGACUGCCAACUACGACUCCAUCGCAGCCUACAAUGGAUCCUAUGUCCUCCUCAUGGUCGACCCUGACGCGAGAUAUCCUUCGAAUCCUAGCCUACGAUUCCUGCUACAUUGGCUUCAGACGGACAUGACAACCACGGCAGAAUCCCCGGAUGGCACCAGCCAGCUCGUAAAUUCCACCGCGCCACGGGUCCCCUACCUUCGACCAUCCCCUCCAACCGACUCCGCGGCGCAUCGCUACAUCAUCUAUGCCUUUUUCCAGCAUGAAAACUUCACGUUUCCUCAGGCCUUCGAGGGUUACGAUGCUACAAACCGCACAAACUUCAAUCUCACCGCCUUCCUAGACGAGUCCAAGCUUGGCCCAAGACCUGCCGCGGCCAUGUACUACUUUGCCAGCAAUCAAACCCAGGUACCACAGGAUUACACAGCCGCAGCAGGUGGGACAUACCCUGGCGGGAACGAUGGUAUCAUCACAGCUGGGCCGGGACCCAGUAUCACUCCGAGCACCACCUCUGCGACAGCCACUUCCUCCAGCACCGCUGCCUCCACUUCAACUGCAAGAUCCACCGCUUCGGCUUCGACUUCGGCUUCAACUUCGGGCGGCGCAUCACAAACCGCCUCAGGAACAGGAUCAGCUGCUUCAGCAUCGAGCACGAGUGGUGCCGUUAAGACAUUUGCCGGGUCCGGAUCCCUGCUCGCGUGCUUGAUAUCAUUGUUGAACUUUAUCUGA